AUGAGAACAAGCAAUAUAAUAGUUUAAGAGGAACCUAAACAAAAUGCAUUUGUGUCUUUUUAUAAUACAUUAAAGUCAUUAAUAAAAUGUGAAUGUUUUAAAUCGUAAGGGAUAUAAUCUAAAAUAGAUUGAUACCAAUUUCCUAUAAUUAAAAACCAAUUCAAAUUCCAAAAUAGUCUCUUUAACAUAUGGGGAGAAAGACAUUAGUGAUAGAUUUAGAUGAAACUUUGGUUCAUAGUUCUUUCAAUUAUAUAUCAGAUCCGGAUUUCAUUUUGAAGGUUUGAAUUAUGUUUAUUAAGAGAUCAAAGUAUUGAAUGCAAAUUAUACAAUUUAUGUUAGAAUAAGGCCUGGUGCUGAAGAAUUUCUUAUAAAAAUGGCAGAAUUUUAUGAAAUCUUUAUAUUUACUGCAAGUAUUUGUGAAGUAAUUAAAUAAAUAAAUUUGAGUAUGCAAAUCCAGUAAUUGAUAGAAUAGAUUAGAAAGGAGUUUGUGCUUUGAGGUUGUUUAGGCCAAAUUGUUCAAUAUUGAAUGGGGUUUUUGUAAAAGAUUUAUCAAAAUUGUAAAGAUCAAUAAAUAAUCUUAUUAUAAUUGAUAAUACUCAAACCUCUUUUUCACUUUAACCUAAGAAUGCUAUUCAUAUAAAGAAUUAUUUUGAUGACCCAAGUGACACAGAAUUAUUAGAUUUAAUACCAUUUUUAUAAUUGAUUAGUACAUUUGAUGAUGUAAGACCAGUUGGGGAAUAUUGGAAAUAAUUUAUAAGAUCAGAGAAAAUCAGAUAUACAAGAAAUGGAGAAUAAUAUAUUUAUGAUAGGAAUAAAAAUGAAUCUUAUGAUGUAAAAAUAUAAGUUUACCAUUAGGAAAUGGAUGCUAUAAAUUAAACUAUAGAUUAAGUAAAAGAUAAUUAGACAUUAUUGGGGAAGUAACCAUCAUUAAAAUUAUAAACAAACUUUGCUAUUGAUUAUGAUGAAGUGAAUGAUAUUACAGAAAAUGAUGAAGAAAUUUAAUUUAGGAAUGAAUAGGGAAUUAAUUCUCCAAAUUUAAACAAAUAACAUUUUAAUGAAAUGGAUUAGAGUGAUUAAAAUUUAUGA